AUUUGAGCUAUGGCUGUUUGGAAAAAUCGAUGGGUGCAGCUAUUUCGGAUAUUUACAUAGUGCAAGGAAGGGGAGUAUAUCAUAAAUGCUGGACAAUAAAAAAUCCUUCAAAUAAUCAGUUUUACAUUCAACUUGAGGAAUUCAAUCUAAUGGACAAGCUUCCUUCCGAAGGUAACCUUACUUUAAAAUUUGAAGAUGAGCAGUGGAUAAGGUAUUUAACUUACUGGUCUGGCUCAGUUUUGGAAGAGGUUAAAGUAACAGCGACUAGUCUCCAGAUUGAUUUUACAGUAUGGGCUAGUAGUUUUCCAAAUGGGUAUAACGCGAGUUUCAUUUUACAUUUCCCACAGAAAUAUAUCGAUUGUGUCUAUGGUGACAGUUUCCAUUGCUCUGGAGAUUUUUGUAUUCGUAAGUCUGACGUAUGUGACGGGAUGAGAGAUUGUGAAGACGGAGCUGAUGAACUUGGAUGUGGCAUACGCACCGUACAAGGGGUUGCUGAGGCACUUGAUAAGGAGGUCACAUGGAUAAAAAGUAAACGCACUUCUUCAUGGGGCUGGCAAGAGAACACACCCAGAAUGAUCUCUGCACUAUACCUAGCGGGAUAUGGCAGAUUUGAUGGUACAUACCUUGAUGAAGAACUGAUGGAAAAACAAGCAAAACUCAUAACAUCUGUUGCCAUAUCGAAAAAUUCCUUAUCAAGCGAGUUUCUAAGCAUGCUUAUUAAUGGUUUAUUGAUAACUUGUCACAAUCCUCGUCACUUUUUUGGACAAAAUUUGAUAGAACUCCUCAAGGAAGAAAUCGAAUCGUCAAACAACUUUACCCACCCCAUAACUUAUUUAAGCCUUUGCAAUGCAAAUCAGUCCUGGACACUUAAUGCUGAACAAGACAUGGAUAAAAUUCUAAGCAUCAAUAAUUCUUUCUACGAAUUUUUUAAAGAUUAUCAAGCAAUUGCUGUGAUGGCUUUGUCUUGCUAUGAAAGUCAAAGAAUGUUUUUCAGUCAUAGUAAGAACGCAAAUAUAAAAACUAAGUAUGAAAAUACAUUACAACGUUUCAAGAAAAUGCAGCUUGCAGAUGGCAGUUUCGGGAAUUUUCAUACAACAUCUUUAAUAACUCAGGCUCUUAUUUCAAGUGGUCAAGAAAAUGCAAUAGACUGGAAUAUCAAUGCAACUAUCCACUACCUAAUGCAGCAACUUAAAAUGUCACAUGACCUUCUCGCAAGUUAUUUAGUCCUGCCCAUUCUAAAUGCUAAAAGCCUCUCAGACAUUUCCAAAAUCAAUUGCUCUUUAAAUCCAAAAAGGGAAGGAUAUGAUAGUUUUACUUCCGAAAUGAGCUACUAUGAUGGUCAAAUGAUGCGCAUUCAAUAUUCUCUUUAUAUGGGAGACAGGAAAGAUGUGAUUCACACCAUCUCAUUACUGGCACCCGUAAACUGCACAGCAUAUGAUGUAAUGGAGCUGGCAGCAUCUAAAGACUACAAAUUCACGUUUAAGAGCAGAAAUAUGUAUGUGUAUCAAAUCGAUGAAGUAACUAAUGAUUCAGAAGCAGGACUGUUCUGGUUUUGUUACAAAGGCAAUGCUACUCACAGCAUUAGCAGAUGUAUAAAAGGUAAUACAUUUUCUAAGAUUUUUGCAUUUUAA